UCUGUCGCUGUGGGCGGGGCUAAGAAACGGUCGCUGUGUCCCUGAGGCAAAAGCGUGUGACCACAGCUACCGGGCAGUGGACUAAGUACAGGAACAGCCUCGGCGGACCCGGUGAGUGUCGGGAGAAGUCCGGCAAAUCUGUUGGAAUCAGGAGUCCCUGCUCCUCUACUGUGAGUGGUGAGGCAUACACUGGAUGAGAGGGCCGAGCCCAUAGUUCCAGUCAGAAAUGGAUGCUGUGUCUGUUGUUACCCAUUUAAGGAACCUGGCUUCCCAACCACAGAACAGAGCAAGCAUUGUGAAGGACAAGAGUUGUCUUGCGGGUCUUAUCCUUUUUCUUAGCCAUCAGGAUACACAGGUGGUUGAAGCUGCACUUCAGACAAUCCACUACUUAUGUGACAAUCCGAAUCACUGUGAAGUAAUAAAAAGUGAGCUUGGUAUGAUGGUGAGUCUGCAGAACAUUAGGAACAGUGCCCUUAGUAAUCAUGUGAAACUACUUGCUCAUCGGAUUUAUGUGACACUAAGCAUGCCAAGUCACCAGCACACACCAGAAGCAAAGAAUAAGCAAAACAGCCUACAAUUCUUCCUUCCAAGUGCAAAUAAAAAGGCAAGAAUCAUAACACUUCACAUCCAUGGACUUGAUAAUAUGGAAAGAAAAUCCCUAUGUGAAGAGGCAUUAUUAAAGGUGAAGGGUGUCAUCAGCUUUACCUUUCAGAUAGCAAAGAGGAGGUGCACUGUACGAGUGAAGCCAGACCUGGCAACAGAGUGUAUAACAUCAGCAAUUGCCAACACAAAAGUGCUGAAGGCACAGCAGGUGAUAAAGAACGAAUGUGGAAAAGAGGUUUAUGUUCCAAUGCCAACUAUGAACAAUCAAGUGGAAAAAAGCCAUUGCUUGCCAGACUAUUUGCCAGAAGAGGAAAGUCCUCAAAAAGAUCUGGAAAAAGCUUUAACCCGACCAGUAUCAAAAGAAGAAACGCGUGGGAAUUGGCUAAAAGCUACUGUUGGUUUUCUUAGUAAAACUUUUUACUGGUGACUUAUAUAAAAAAUCUUAAGUUAGGUUAAAGUCAGAUCUGUGUUCAUUGGUUAUGAUGAGGUCUAAACAGGAUUUAGAUCAUGGUGUAUUUAUUUUUACUGGACAAAAUAGAACUACAUGUCGGAAUCUGCAGCAGAGGUUCCAACACACAUGUAAACAUAGUCUGUGUAUUAACCCGAGACCUCUAAAUAUUGUCUUGUGUGUAUUUAUAUGUGAUGUACCUACUUAUGAGUGUAGAUGCUAGUAUAUGUUUUCUUGUCUUUGCUUGUAAAAUGUAAAUAACACAUUUGGGUCCAGUUUACUAUAUUUGUAACUAAAUAAUAGGAAAUAUGCAAGUGUGUUCUGUAGGCAUUAGAUAUUAUUGUUGUACAUAUUGUACAAUUUGCACUGUAGAUGGGUGCUCUACCUUUUAGAGAUUCUUGUUUGGCUGAUAAUUCCUAGUCACCUUACAAGGUUCUUUUAUGGGUUUAAAGGGGAAAUCCGGUACUCAACUUUUUAUCCCCUAUCCACAGGAUUUGGGUAUAAGUGUCUGAUAGCAGGGGGUCCAACCGCCAGGACUCCCGCGUGAUUUCCUGCCCAGUGUUCCAAGGAUUUUUGUUCAGAACAGCUGUUCUCGUGCACGGAGUGACAUUGGCCGACAUGCCCCCUUUAUGCACUGUCUGAGAGAGCUGGAGAUACACGAGUUCUGUACUCGUGUAUUUCUGGUUCUCCCAUGGAAAUGCGUGGAGGAGGGGACAUGUCAACUACCUCUGCAAGGAGCAGUGGUCAAUACGUGCACCGCGAUCAGACACUUAUCCCAUAUGCUGUGGAUAGGGGAUGAGAAGUUCAGUAACAUUUCUCCUUUAAAGUUAAUUUACAGUGUAGCCAGAAACUUUCUGCCCCCCCAGAACAGAAUUUAUUAGAGCAGCAAUGUUAGGCUCUUUUAGCACUUAUUACUGUAAGUAACUUAUCUACUCAAUAAUCCUACAAAAAAACAACAUUUUGUGGAAAAAAAAAAGUAAUUGU